AUGACGUCGCUUCAAAUGCAAAUGCUUUCGAGCGCCGAGGUGAUAGAGAUGAAGCGUGCGAGGGGGCUGAUGUCCUGCGCUGAAUGCCAACGGCGAAGACUUCGGUGCGACCGGAAGAUCCCUUGUUCCUCCUGCGUGAGGCGAGGGAAAGCGGAUAUUUGUCCGUCGGGAGAGUCGCAAACGACACCUCGCGGGCGACGCCAAACACGGGACAAGCCGUCAACACAUCUGACCCUUGUUCUGCGCACCAUGAGCGACCGCAUUUCCCAGCUCGAACGCGCCAUUGCAGUCGCGCAUAACGAUUCCUCAACAGAUGGGGAAUUACACCCGCUUUUACGGGAUCCGGAGCUUUUGAAAAUCAAACAGUUUGAUGCGGAGGACGACGGGAGCGAGAGCUCGCGUGAACGACCAGACAAAGAAACGGAGAAAGAGGAUUUACAGCUGGGAGAGUCAUUUGGCGCGCUAGCGAUAAGCUCAGGUGGAAAGGGCGAGCCGAGGUACUACGGGCCGACUGGUGGGGUUUCCGCCUUCUUAUCUUCUCAAUCCUCGUCGGAUCAUCACCCAUCCUUCAACCCUUUCGACACGAUGACUUUCGGAUUCCCCUUCCUCCGUAUCCAGAGAUAUAGCCACACGUAUCUCACGCCAGCCUGGGACCGUGUUUAUGCGCUGGACGCCCUUAUACUUCAGUACCUUCCCGACCGCACGCGGGCCGCUUCCGUGCUGGAUGUGUACGAGCGAAUUCUCUCCUGGCAUUGCGCCGCUAUCUCGCCGCAGGAUGCCCACACCCUAAUGGACACAGUCUACUGUUAUCGCGACUAUCUUCAAGGGGCAGGCAGGGUCAGCACGUCGAAUGGAAAGCUAGCCAGAGUCGACGGUCGAUCCUUGGGGAUACUUUUCUUCGUCCUUGCGCUGGCUUCCUUAGCGGACAUAGAUGGACUCCCCGCGUAUAGCGCCGAGGCGGAUACCCUCUUCGACGCUGGCCGCGCCGCGCUGGUUAUCGAAUUCUCGCAGUCUUCCGCGUUGGGCGGACGGAAAACUGGGCCUGGAACCCAUGCGGAUGUGCUGUUUGACCCCGACUUUGCCGAGCUGGCGGGUAACGAUCCUGAGAGAGUAGAGCGAGGCAUCAAGACGGUGCAAGCCUUCGCUUUGAUGGGGAUAUAUCAUGCAACUGGUGGGAGACAGUACAGCGACAAUGCGAGUUGGGUCAUGGUUAGUUUUGCUGUGGCAUCCGCGAAGAAGUUGCGAUUGCACCGCGAAAGUACCUAUACCAACCUUGAACACGACGUGGCGCAGACCCGUAAAACGAUAUUCUGGGAGCUUUUCACCUUCGAAACGUACCAAUCACUUGCUUCAUCGCGCCCUUUGUCCAUUUCGCCCGACGAGAUUACAUGCUCUUAUCCUGAAGACCUGCAGAUCACCAAAGGCAGCGACGGCCGGACCGUUCCCGGCUGGCUGCGCUUGAAAUACCGCUUCACACACGAAGUUUCGGCGACGAUCGCGCACAGCUACUCAUGUGUCCAGAAUCGGUCGUACGAAGAUGUCAUGGGCAUGGACAAGAGGCUGCGCAAGUUUAUCGAAACCAGCAGAGCGGACUGCGAGCAUUAUCAGUCAAACUUGCGGUUCGACAAGGACCCGACGACGUACCGGGCGUACAUCGAGUCGCGUAUACUGCCGCGAUUCUACGGGAACAUCAUGCAAUCCAUCCACCGUCACGCAUUCGUCCAGGCGCUCUCCCGGCCGCCGUCACAGAACUCAAGCACGGGACCACACGACCCGCUGUCGACGCCCUACGCCGCGUCUUACCUGGCGGCCUAUCGCGGGGCGUCGCUCGUCAUCAAGCACGACGUGCGUUCUUUUGAGCUCUACGGAGAGCAAUUCAAUCGGUGGUGGGUUGUGUGGAAAAGCUUGAUCAACGCGGCUUUUACAGUGGGCUCGCUUGUGGCCAAGUGUCCUACCUCGCCCAUUGCCCCGCUGGCCUUGCGGGAGUUGUACGCCGCGACGCAUAUUGUGGAGCGCGGGGCCGCGCAUACGAAAGAGCUGAGUAUCAGUAUGGGUGGAGGGCCAGAGGGGAUGGGGGCCGCCGCGGGUAGUUUGGGCAUUCUUCGCCGCCUGCGGAAUACCGCAACGUUCAUAUUCUGCUCUGUCCAUGCGCCAUCGGUGUCCAACCCGCGAAGCCGAGUCAAUCUUCACCUGCCGGAAAUCCAGAUGCAGCUGUCGGGCAACGAGCUGCUCGCGGACGAGGCGGACUUCCUGGCGUUGUCGGGGCUGGGGCCCAUCGUGGGGGCCGACGAGCGGGCCAGCGCGGCAACGGAGAUCUCGGAGGCGGUGAAUACGCCUGGCAAGCAGCGGCAAGCACAGCAACCAUUGGCUGCGCCGCAGGAAGUUUACGACUACUAUGUUCCCUCGCAUGCCCAUGCUCAGGAGUCCCCUGACGGGUCGUGGGAGACGACGGAGAUCGGGCUGGCGAUGGAUCACGAGCCAUGGAAUGCGUUGGACGUGAUGAUGCAGGAGUACCACCCACGCGCCGUCUAUCCGCAAGUGUAUGGCGAUGAAUUGGCGAUGUACUCCGGGCCGGGGUACACCUGGGCGCAGGGCAGUCACUGGCCGGAGCCGAAGCAGCUGGAAGACGCAGGGAAUUUCGGCCCCGCAGGCCGGUGGGUGCAGUUCGUGGAGGGAUUAUGA